UACACUGACCACCCUUGAAAUAAAGACACCUCUUAUAAUCAGGCAUUAUAAUCAGGGGAAGUCCCAACUCAAUAGAAGCACAUGAAAUUAGCAGACACACUACAUUAAACAGUUCACUUUCCAUAGUUAAAGUAUUAGAAUUUCCGCUAAUAACAUGUUUGCAGUUAUCCGUGUAUUCUCCCUAUGGUCGAACUAUCUCGACUGACUGUAUGUGCUCGCCAUAAAAUGUAUUGUUUUAGUUAAGCAAUCGAACGGUAAUUUUCUGCACUUGCAGGGAGAGCCCCUUAAAUUUUAAAUUAGCUAACCCUUUGCCAUGGCGGCGAUGCAUUCUUUAUUUCAAACUCUCACUCACACACACCAGAUCUUGUGGUGUGGGCGGGACCCUAAGGCGGUGGUCACAUGACUCAACCAUAAGCUCUUCAACAUAAUAAUGUGAAUGCAUGUCAUAAGUUACGUUUGACCCACAGUGACAUGUACUUUCACCAUCUCCCCACCCCCACACACACACCCCCACACACACACCCACACACACCCACACACCACGCACAUGCAUCCAUGCAGUGUGUGAUAGGGCAUGCCUGACAGGUCUGGGGGCUGACAGCUGUAAGGAGUGUGCCCUGGGAUAUGAGGAGGUGGAGGGAUCUUGUACAGCCUCUACUGUACUGACUGAUGCUGUACCAUCUGAUGUCACUGAAGGAGAUACCUCACAAGAUGUCCUCACUUCAUAUCCACGCACCAUUCCCUCAGGAGCUGGUGGACCGAGGACUGUGACCAUUGAGGAAUUGAAGGAGCGUACAAAAGUGACCGACUCUCAACUUGACACUGAAAUUAAAGAGACUGACAUGUUGGACCUGGCAGAUCACUUUGACAAUGUGGAGACCUACCCUGCUAUGUUGGGGCUGAGCCCUGCUGAACAGAAAGACGUUAAACUUGAUUGGUAUCUCAAUGACAUGCAAACAGCAAGUUUCAUACUCUAAAGGUGUGGAGACAGCAUAAUCCAGGUGCAGCCACGUACCGAGCACUAGUGGACAUCGUACUGGAUAUGAGAAUGGAAGAAUUGGCCACUUACAUUUGUCAGUCAGCAGCUAGAAAACCUGAACCUGCAUGUGGUGUGCAAUAGAACCUAACUCAUUAUUGUGCAUGUCAUACUUGUACUGUCUUAGUCAAUUUAUUUCCUUGAUUUGUGCUAUAUAUUUGUCAUUAUAAAGUGGCCCAGUGUGCAAGAAUAAUGGUAAAGGUCGUCCAAGGAAUAAACUGUUGUUAAGCUAGGAGAGGGUCGUCAUUAGAAUAAACUACAUCUGUGUUUUGCUAGUUUCGCCCACCUGUUUCCCUACAAGCUCAAGAUGGCCGGCUGACGGUACAGUGCAAGUGGCAGAAGACACUCUGAGAACAGGGUAAGGUGGUGAAGAGAUGCGGACCAGCUCUCCCAGGCUAUCAAGGAAGGCAAGGGAAGAUGCCGUGGCUGUGAAUGAGCCUAGUGGGGGCAACCCUGAUAAUUAUCUCCUUAACUCACCGUGGACGUUUUGGCAUGACGCUACACGAAGAGGAGCAACUGCCAAAGAUUUCUUUGAGAAUCUAAAACCUUUGUGUAUAGUCAAGACCAUCAAGGCAUUUUGGGGUGUGGUCAACAAUAUUCGUCCCAUAGAGCAGUUGGACGAGAGAGAGAGCUACCAUCUUAUGAGGAAUGAGAAUAGGAGACCUAUUUGGGAGGACUCUGAUAAUGCUCAUGGUGGAUUGUGGUCAUUCAAAGUCAGAAAGAUGCACACAACCAAGGUAUGGCAGGAGCUGUUGUUGGCUGCUGUGGGUGAGCAGUUCUCAGAGUGUGUGGGCGGUGGUGACUGUGUGUGUGGUGUGAGUGUGAGGAUAAGAGGGUUCGAUCAAGACAUCGUACAGAUCUGGAAUGAAGACAUGCCUGUCCGAGCUCGAGGAUUUCACUAUUCUCUCGUGUUUUGUUGGACUGGAAAUGGUCCUCAACUUUAUCAACACUGAGGAGAUCAGCUCUGGGGUGGAGUUGUUGGAAGGUGUGAGUGUGUGGUGCACUUUGACCCCUGCUAGCCGGCGCUGGUGGGGCCGGGGGAGGGGAGAAUGAGGUACAUAAGAGUUUCAAUAAAAAAGCAUCACUGGGUAAAGAGAAUUCUCAAGUCACAUGACGGGCUGGAGGUGGUUUCAGACUACACCCAUUUCCUGUGUUGAGGAGCACAACAUGUGAUGACUAAGAGGUCCAGAUUAUCAAGUAGCGUGUCCAAGGAGGACAGUAAGAGAGUCGUCGCCUUCCUCAACCACCCAGGACUACAUCUCAUUCAGGGGUGAAGUACCUGUGCGGAAGGCGCCCCCUGAACCACCCACUACCCCUAAACGAUCCUCCAAUCGUACCCCCGGAUCAUGCUGCUAAGAAGAGGUCGCGAAGGUCAAAGGACAGAGGUCAUGAAGCAGCAGAUAAAGGGAGGACCAUAAUACCAUUGACUAUCGAACAGCCACCCACCAAGAAGUGUUAGAGAAGCAGAUGACGUCAGUAGCUCAGCAUAUGAAUGCUAAUGGAGAGGCUCGUCAACGUGGUGGUGGUAUGACCCGAACCUUCUCCCCCCUCACUCCUAUCAUACAGCACCUCUGCAGCAAGUCAGAUGAGGCUGAUAGCAAGAGUGAGAGGUCCUCCAGGAGCCAGAGACACACAGAAGACGCUAGGAGAUCGGCUUCGAAAGUCAAGUUCUCUAAAACUAUUACCGAGUUUCCAGACUAUAGUCGCUAUGACUACCCGACAGAGAUCAAAUCAGUAUCAAGCCCAGGUCAAAGUCCAUCCCAUAGUCACCAUGGCAAGUUAGACGGGGACUCGCUUAGGGUCAAAGGUGAAAGCUCGGAACACAUCAGAAAAAAAUUAUUAUUAUUAGCAUAGCUCAUUAUUUUUAUUGCUUAUACUCAAGAUUUGUAUGUUACUAAUGAUAGUGUCAUUUGCCAUAUGCACAGUGUGUAAUGUAGGCCCUGAUAAA